UCUCUUCGCUUUGUAAAGGUCGGAGGGAUUUUCCGAACUCAUCAAAACAGCUCCUGUACAACAGCUGUCUGUCUGAAGAUGCCAUUAUGUAUCCUGGUAUAGGGCAAACCCAGACACCAGGACCUCCUGGGGCCUUACCCCCGAGUCCACUAGGAGCCCCGGGGUCUGGGGCGCCACCAGGACCCAGUCGCUUUGGCGUACCCCCACCACUUGUGCCACCAAUACCCCCAGGUUCCCUUGGACAACCACCGCCACCACCAGGACCAAAUGACUUCCAGUGCCCGCAGCGUCCAAACCAUGGCACCGAGGGCCGCCCGAUUCUGCUCCGUGCCAACCAUUUUCAAGUUCGAAUGCCCAAAGGUUUCAUCCAUCACUAUGACAUAUCAAUAACACCCGACAAAUGUCCACGGCGAGUCAACAGAGAAAUUAUAGAGACAAUGGUGCAAGCAUAUAGCCAACGAAUAUUUAACGGCCAAAAACCUGUCUUUGAUGGACGGAAAAAUCUUUAUAGUCGGGACCCUCUUCCUAUUGGAAGAGAAAAGGUAAGGAAUAAUGACAAUGAAAAUGAACCGCCAAAUUUUCGCAGUUUUAUUUUUCGGAGUUGUAAAAAUAUCCAGAUGUUUGUCCAGAUUUUUUUGGAUCUGGAUCCGAAAGAAAGAAGAAAAAUGUCAUUGACACACACUACACCUCUUCAUUUUCAGGUGGAAUUAGAAGUGACGCUGCCUGGCGAAGGCAAAGAUCGAGUUUUCAAAGUUGCCAUCAAAUGGAUUGCCCAAGUCAGCUUAUACGCCUUAGAAGAAGCCUUAGACGGCAAAAUGCAACAAAUCCCCUUCGAUGCCAUAUUAGCUUUAGACGUUGUGAUGAGACACUUACCAAGCAUGAAAUACACCCCAGUAGGACGGUCAUUUUUCUCGCCGCCCGAAGGCUACGACCACCCACUCGGUGGGGGACGAGAGGUUUGGUUUGGCUUCCAUCAAAGUGUACGACCGUCACAUUGGAAAAUGAUGCUAAAUAUAGAUGUUUCUGCGACUGCCUUUUAUAAAGCACAGCCUGUUAUCGAAUUUAUGUGCGAGGUGCUGGAUUUGCGGGACAUCAACGAACAACGCCGGCCAUUAACUGAUUCCCAACGAGUGAAAUUUACAAAGGAGAUAAAAGGUUUGAAGGUUGAGAUCACCCAUUGCGGGACGAUGAAACGAAAGUACCGAGUAUGCAACGUCACGCGUCGCCCAGCACAAACACAGUCCUUCCCACUUCAGCUAGAAUCAGGACAGACAGUCGAAUGUACCGUGGCCAAAUAUUUCGCAGAACGUUAUAAAAUGAAAUUGCAACAUCCACACCUUCCAUGCCUACAAGUCGGCCAAGAACAGAAACACACCUACCUACCACUUGAGGUCUGCAAUAUCGUCGCUGGUCAGCGCUGCAUCAAGAAGCUGACUGACAUGCAGACGUCAACGAUGAUAAAAGCCACGGCAAGAUCUGCUCCUGAUCGCGAGAAAGAAAUCAACAACUUGGUGCGAAAAGCCGACUUCAACAACGACCGCUACCUUCAAACCUUCGGCAUCAGCAUCUUAAACCAGAUGACCGAAGUUCAAGGUCGCGUACUGGCGCCACCAAAGUUGCAGUAUGGCGGUCGGACCGCUCCGCAGACUCGAGCCCAGGCCAUCCCCAACCAAGGAGUGUGGGACAUGCGAGGCAAGCAGUUCUACACUGGCAUCGAGAUCAGAGUCUGGGCCAUAGCGUGUUUUGCCCCGCAGAGGACAGUCAGGGAGGAUUCAUUGAGAAACUUCACACAACAGCUGCAAAGAAUUUCAAAUGACGCGGGGAUGCCUAUCGUUGGUCAGCCAUGUUUCUGUAAAUACGCGACUGGCCAUGACCAGGUGGAGCCCAUGUUCCGUUUCCUCAAGAAUACCUACCAAGGUUUACAACUCAUUGUUGUGGUGCUGCCUGGAAAAACACCUGUUUAUGCUGAAGUGAAGCGCGUCGGAGACAUCCUGAUCGGUAUGGCCACUCAGUGCGUUCAGGCCAAAAACGUCAACAAAACCUCGCCACAAACACUGUCCAAUCUCUGCCUUAAGAUCAACGUCAAGCUUGGAGGAAUCAACAAUAUCUUACUGCCAAGUAUAAGGCCAGCAGUGUUCAACGAGCCUGUCAUCUUCUUGGGCGCUGAUGUCACCCAUCCACCUGCGGGCGACGCCAGUAAACCAUCGAUCGCAGCUGUCGUUGGGAGCAUGGACGCCCAUCCAAGUCGUUACUCAGCGACGGUUCGUAUACAGCAGCAUCGCCAGGAGAUCAUCCAGGAUCUGUCGACGAUGGUCAAAGAGCUCCUCAUACAGUUCUACAAGUCCACGCGAUUCAAACCCAACCGUAUAAUAUUCUAUCGAGAUGGGGUCAGUGAAGGGCAGUUCCAACAGGUUCUUCAACAUGAGUUGCGCGCUGUGCGUGAGGCGUGCAUGUUGUUGGAGAUUGACUACCAGCCCGGGAUCACGUUCAUCGCCGUACAGAAGCGCCAUCAUACACGAUUGUUUUGUGCUGAUAAAAAAGACCAAAUUGGAAAAAGUGGCAAUAUUCCUGCUGGUACGACCGUUGAUGUUGGCAUCACGCAUCCAUCAGAGUUUGAUUUCUAUCUAUGCAGCCACGCUGGUAUUCAGGGCACUAGUCGACCAUCUCACUACCACGUUCUCUGGGACGAUAAUGGAUUCAGUGCCGACCAGCUGCAGAUGCUGACCUAUCAACUCUGUCACACGUAUGUGAGGUGUACGCGCAGUGUCUCCAUCCCGGCGCCCGCAUACUAUGCACAUCUGGUGGCCUUCCGUGCACGCUACCAUCUCGUGGAGAAGGAACACGAUAGUGGUGAAGGUAGUCAACAGUCCGGACCGAGUGAUGAGCGGACACCGACCGCGAUGGCUCGCGCCGUUACUGUACAUCCUGAUACUCUCAAGGUCAUGUAUUUUGCAUAAACCUACAAUGCUGAAGUCAUUCCAAUGCGAUGAAUUAGUGUUACCAUGGUGACCUGGGUUAGCGGCUUGGACUCCUCCCCUGGAGAAAGUUCAACACUGACGAUGUUGUGACUCUAACUUUCAUACUGGAUUCACUGGACACAUGAACACUUAAGUUAAAAGGGUCGAAGGUCACUUAUUCUCAACCGAAAGCGUUUGAAUUUGUCACAGCCAAAAGAGAACCAGUCUUAUUCGUAAGUGUGAUUAUAGUUGUUUCCCGGGGGAAAUUUAGUAAUUUAUUCCAGUGAUGUCAGCCAUUUUGGAUUUGCAAUAAUGACUAGCAAAAAUGGUGCUGUGGGGUGUGUGCUUUUCAUUGCCGUGACGAUGUCUGUGUGUCUAUCAACAAGGUGAUUCCAAGUUUGGAAUUUUUGCUCAUUUUUCAAUCGCCAAAAUUUUUAGCACAAUUUGUCAUGUAAUUCUGAAGUUGCCAUAGAAACAAUAUGUUAAUCUCUGUGGCAAUGGUUGCUAAGGGAACUAAUUUUUAUUGAGGCUGUGUUUGUAUCAACUCGAUAUAAAAUAUUGUUUUCUAAUUUUUCGUAUUUCAAAAAUCUCUAAAGGAAGAGAUAGUUUAAGAUCUAAUGCAAAAGAAAGUUGCAAUGGAAACUGUUUCCAUGGCUACAGUCGGUGAAAAAAAUGCAGCAGUGUGAUCUUAGAAAGCUGGAAGUAUUUUUCUCAUUAGAAUUUUUUACUCUGAAGUAUGUUUUAAAAUGUGUCGGGAAGGCACAUCCCGGGUCGUCCAGACCAGAAAUUGUGUCGCGCAUCUGAGCCUUCAUAACUUUUUUGAAGGCAUCUGAACAAUGUAGAUUCUACGUUAGAAAUUUGUUACAAAAUAUUUAAAUGCGUAUUUCUUUUAAAAAAUUCUGUUUUCUUUUUUAAAAAUGAGAGUUUUGUGGUGCUUGUUUGGUGAUUUGUUAUCACAAGGGGACGACACCUGUUCACCUGAUUUUGGCAGGUAAAAUGUCUCACACCUGACUCGGCUUGUUUACUUCUUGUCAAGUUGAUUGAACUGUGAUCAACUUGUUCAAUGUUCCUGCAGAUUACGCAUGUGAGUUGGGCCCAAACAACUCACCAAAUUAAGGCUGAUGAAAGCGAUCUAUUCUAUAGGAUGUGAACGUUUUACUUUCCAUCUGUCAGCCUACCUGGGUCCUUCUUAUUCUCCACCAAAGACGGUGUGGUCAAGCUUAGAAAGUGCUUCUUGAUGUGGAAAUAAGUUGUAGUUUGCUUAUGUUUCAUUUUGGAAGAACAUCCUAUUGGCAAAUGAAACCUCUUGGGGGGGGGG